UCGUGGUGUGGCGAUGCAUGUCACUGGUAUGCCUAGCUCGAGCUAACUGAUAUACGAGUCCAGUACGCAUCAGAUCAAGUCACGCAGGUUUCCAACCAAUCUUCAACGCUACGAGGCGAUGCUUACGGCAACCUUGACGAUCCCUGCAAAUUCAUAGAUUACCGGUCAUCAACAUCACAUUGAACUGAAGUUCACUCGUUAAUUGGGAGUCAUGGUCAAGGCACCGUACCGCUGUUAGCAGUCAGGACAGGUCGUUGCUUGUCGUUCUUGUCGGAUAGACCGGGACCAUGCCUCCGUAUGGUCUAUCAUAUCUCUGCAGCUCGAUGUGCAGGCGCUUCGCUGAGAUAAUUCACAAGUUGUAAGUAUGUACACAAGCGAUAUCCUUCUCCCGCGAGUCCUGCUCGUCGCUCGCUCAUGGGCUGAGGCCCGUCUACUUUCGAGAGACAGCGGCCGCGCAAAGUCAGAAUACGAAUACUGCCGCGGACUCGAAACGAACCCCGAUACUCAGACACGACGGCCAACCAGUCUGCGACGCGGAACAUCAUGCCGUCAUCACGGACUCGGUAGGGUAUGUUCCAAUACUCAUGAGAAAAACAUCCGACUGAGGUGGCCACUGGCACACCAUAACAAAACAACGGGUAGGUACUCCACCUCGGCGUUCUCUGCUUCAGGCAACUGCCUGCCCUCUGCUCCGGUCUCAGUCGGAUGCGAACAUGCGAAUUCGCUCGGAGGAGUCCGCUUCUUACAGGUCGCAAGCACCCUGCGUGCAAAGAUGGAGAUGAAUUACAUUGAUUGAUGCUCAGGCUUCGUCACCACAGUCGCUCGGGAUCUCCCUUGAGUAACAGCAAGCCUUCCUGCGCGCCAGGAUGCACCCGAGGGAUCAUGUCUUGCCCUGGUACUCUGCUACCGCUUCUGGUCCUACAAU